AUGAAUAUUUUAAAUCGAUUAUUAAUCAUAAAUAUUUUAAUUAUCUCCAUAACUGCCGAAGGAAUCGAUGAAAUUAGCGAAAAAUUAAGAAUAAAAAUUUAUACUGGAAAUUCAAUCAAAUCAGCCAAGAUCGUUAAUUUCCGAAUGAAUAGGCCAGAUUUAAUUUAUCAGUAUAUUGAUAAUGCUAAAUCAUUAGUACUUUAUGCUUUCGGAUUCACCGAGAAGCCGGAUGACGAAAGUGUCCGUACUAUAGUUGAUGCUUACUUAAAUCGCGGAACAGUUAACAUGUUAGUAUUGGACUGGAGUAAGUUGUCUUACGAAGAAUAUUUCAGUUUGAUACCAAAAGUCAGAGUGAUAGCAAAAAUAACAGCAAAAACAAUUGAUAGGCUCUUCGAGCUGGGAUUAAAUUUGGAUACUUUUCAUAUUGUUGGUCAUUCUAUGGGAGCUCCAUUGGCUGGAGCUAUCGGUGAAUUUUCAGAGUAUGAUCUACCUCGCAUUACAGGAUUGGAUCCUGCAGGCCCCGGCUACGAUGAAUCAAAAGCUCCUAAUCUCAAUUACAAUAACGCGAUAUUUGUUGAUAUUAUACACACUGACAUGGGCGUUUUUGGCACCACAAAACCUAAUGGUACCGUGGAUGGUUUCGCCAACGGAGGCAAGAGACCACAACCUGGUUGUCCGCGCCUUCAAUCUGUUCAAGAUACAGCAGGUAUAUGUGAUCACCGAAAAUCCUGGCGAAUUUGGGCGGCAAGUAUUAUAAACCCUAAAGCAUUUCGAGCUCUUAAAUGUCCAUCCUACAGUGAUUACUUAGCAGGCAAUUGUAAAAACAACGACGCUGUUUAUUUCGGAUUAUUUACGCCAACAAAUGCAAAUUCAACCAAAUCAGCCAAGAUUGUCAAUUGCCGAAUGAAUAGGCCAGAUUUAAUUUAUCAGUAUAUUGAUAAUUCUAAAUCAUCAGUACUUUAUGUUUUCGGAUUCACCGAGAAGCCAGCUGACGAAAGUGUCUGUACUAUAGUUGAUGCUUACUUAAAUCGCGGAACAGUUAACAUGUUAGUAUUGGACUGGAGUAAGUUGUCUUACGAAGAAUAUUUCAGUUUGAUACCAAAAGUCAGAGUGAUAGCAAAAAUAACAGCAAAAACAAUUGAUAGGCUCUUCGAGCUGGGAUUAAAUUUGGAUACUUUUCAUAUUGUUGGUCAUUCUAUGGGAGCUCCAUUGGCUGGAGCUAUCGGUGAAUUUUCAGAGUAUGAUCUACCUCGCAUUACAGGAUUGGAUCCUACAGGCCCCGGCUACAAUCCACCAUUAACAACUCAUCAUCUUAAUAAAAAAAACGCGAAAUUUGUUGAUAUUCUACACACUGACAUAGGCUUUUUUGGCAUCACAAAAACUGAUGGUACCGCGGAUUUUUUCGCCAACGGAGGCAAGAGACCACAACCUGGUUGUCCGCGCCUUCAAUCUGUGCAAGAUACAGCAGGUAUAUGUGAUCACCGAAAAUCCUGGCGAAUUUAUGCGGAAAGUAUUAUAAAUCCUAAAGCAUUUCGAGCUCUUAAAUGUCCAUCCUACAGUGAUUACUUAGCAGGCAAUUGUAAAAACAACGACGCUGUUUACUUUGGAUUAUUUACGCCAACAAAUGCGCGCGGCUUCUACUAUUUUGAUACUUCAAAGAGUUUGGGUCUUGUGAACACUGUUAAAGCUAUUUUGUAG